AUGCUGUCAGAAUUUGACUUGAUUUUUGCCAUCAUUCUUGUCAUAUCAUGGAUAUGUGGGACCGUCCUAAACUCAUCCAUUGUAGCUGUGUAUCUCAGCACCUGGAAGAAAGGAUUGAACCUUGGUGCCUGUGAUCAAAUCAUUCUCACCAUGGGCUGCACCAAUCUACUCAUGCAGUGGUUAUUAACAUUACAUCUGAUGUUCGUGUCUUAUCAAAUAUACAGUCUACUUGCCAACAAAUUAAUUUAUGGUGUUGUCUCCUUUGUAUUACAGUUUUCCGUCUGUCUCUCAUUUUGGCUCACUGCCUGGCUUACAGGCUACUACUGUGUGCGACUGGUCAACUUCUCCAAUAGAUUCUUCAUUCAAUUAAAAAGAGGAAUUUCCAGUGUGGUUGUAUACUGCCUACUGGGAACAGUGUUUAUUUCCUUUGUUAUUAAUUUGCCUGUUAUUUGGACAACGUACAUAAUAACUGAACAGAAUCUAACAACAACUAUCAUGUUUGAUAAUAAUGCUGCAGUUAUUUCAUUAUAUGCCACUUUUAUUUGCUUCCUUCCAACUAUAAUAACUUCCUUUGGUAUUGGCCUCAGUCUGUUGUCCCUUCUAACACAUGUCCAUAAGAUGAAGCAGAAUUCUUCUCAGUUCUGGAAUCCUCAGCUGAAAUGCCAUGUAAAAGCUUGCAGGACAAUGCUACUUCUUUUGACUGUGAACUUGAUAUACUUUCUUGCUAUUUAUAUAGCCUUUGAGCUAAGAGAAAAGACUGGAAAUAUUGGGCAACAUGUAAUCUGGUAUAUUAUGUUGUCAAAUCCCUCUCUUAAAGCCAUAAUUCUUCUUUUUGGAAACUCCCAGUUAGCAAAUGCCUGGUCAAAGGUCUUGUUUUCUCAGUAA